AUGCCACGUGCGAAGCAGGAAGAGUUGCCACUGGCGCACAUCUUUUCUGUGCUGGAGCGCAAAUACCCGAAGUUAUCAUCGAAGAUACGUCUUGGCAACAAGUUGUCAGCACAAUGUAUGAACGCCCUUGACGGUGCCUAUCCAGUUGCAGAGCAGGCGUUCGGUAAAGUCACCAAGGCCGCCUCCGCGAUGGAGCGGCACCACAUGAAACAGCUUGUGCCACUCCUCAUUGGUCUCGUCGUCUGCUUCUUUGGUGGCUGCUUCACCAUGCUCAUCGCAGUGGUGGAAGUUGUGCACAUCACCAGCUGGGACCGCAUCAAGGCAAGCAUGCAUACGCUGUACGGGAAUUACCUCACAGCACGAGAGGCAAGCAAGAAGGAUGAUACUCUUGAUGAGAAUAAGAACGGCAUCCCAGACGUAAAGGAACUUCAACGUAAAGAGUUGUUCUCGCGCAAGUUGGGCGUUUUUUUCCGUUCCAUUGACCCUGUUGGCGUCAAGGAGGCACUUAAUGCGUUGCUUCUUGCCUUCUUUGCGAUCAUCGCAGCUCUCAGCGAUAAGUUUGCGAACGCCCUGGCGUUUGGCUGCUGCCUCGCUGAUGCCAUUAAACAAUUCCUUCCAUUAGAGAGCAUCCUUGAGGAGGCGCUCCCUGUGGAACAGAAAAGGCUGGCUGGCACCUUGGCAAGUACAGUGUUAAAUUUCAUCGGCAUGACAACCGCAGUGGCGCUACAGCAGUUCACAAUCACGAUGCACUGCGCCGUUCGUGGGGCGCGGCUGUUUGUUGAGAAUGCGAUUGCUUUCGGCAAGGAGGCGGGACUCGUGGAGGAGGCAUUUGCCGUCAACAGCCAGCGGGGCAGAGCGCUCAUCGCCGGGCUGGCUGUUAUGGGUUUUCUUUGGCAGGCAUCUAAUGGCUUUGCACUGUCGUUUCCAUUUAAUAUAUUGCUGUUUCCCUUCACGGUCGCCGACUGGUUACUCGGCGUCAUCUUCCGAGUUUCGGCAGGAAACAAAUGGGCGUAA